UUCUCUCCUUCUGCCUCUGUAUCACUCCGUCCAUCUCUGAAGUCUGAACGAGGGAACAACUGAAGGAGUCCUCUGCUGUAUGAGUCAAGGUCAAAGGAGAUCCCCAAUGGAGUGCUUCAACAGCCUACUCCUCAAACUGAGGGAGGUCCACGAGCGAGAGGUGGAGGGGUGGCAGGUAAAAAUUCAAGAGCUGUCCAACAAGAAGGGCUGUGAUACAAAGCGAAUGGAGGAACUGUUCACCAAAAACCAGCAGAUGAAAGAACAGCAGCGACUACUCACCGAGAACAUCAAGACACUGGAAAACAGGCUGAGAGCGGGGCUGUGUGACAGAUGUACAGUAACUCAGGAAGUAUCCAAGAGAAGACAACAGGAAUUUGAAGCCUCGCAGAUGCAGAGCCUCCAGCACAUCUCUCUACUAGCUGGAGAGAUGAACAACCUGAAAAAGGAAAACAAGAAACUUAGAGAAGAGCUCAGAAAUUUAAGAGCAGCAAUUGAAGGUCACAGUGACCUCUCCUCCAAUAGCAGCAGCACCACAGAGGUCAAAGCGAACAGUUCCCCUGACCUUUCACCCCCUUCUGGACCUGUGGCCCUCAUCACUUCAACAACCAGCAGGGCCACUAACCAUCCAGCAGAUGGCAAUGUUGCAGUAAAAACUGAGGCAGAGCCAAGACCCGAAGACACUGAACACAGACAACUGAGAGUGAUGAACCGGAGCCACUUUGAGUCAUACAAGCCUCUGGCCUGGAAGACAGAACAUAGUGUAACUCGUGCUGGAGAGAGGAGAGCUCAGAGCAUUGAAGGACUGGACCAGCGAUCCUCCAUCCCUCCUCAAAAUCUCCUUCUCAGGAACUCCUCUUCCUCAACCAGUGGAGAAGUGAACCCCAGCAGACAUGUGCUCCAUGCUCCUGUCCCUUGCCGUCCUCAACCAGUCACGAGCCAUGUUACUCUUCCCUGGCCCUUAUCUGAGUCCCCCGACUGGGUGACUGCGGCUGCUUCAGGGACAGGCCUGGUAGUGCAACCUUCUCCCAAACCAAACCUGCUGCGCUUUCCCAACCUAAUCCCAUCUAGCCAACAUGCCAGCUCCAGAAGGCAGGUUUUUGGUUCUCCCUGGCACAAGCAGAGCACCCCUCAGCCCCCUGCCAAGGAGCCAACAGUGGUGUUUAGGUUGCGAAAUCUGUCAGAGCAGGUGGAGAGUCAAAUGAAGCCUCAGGAGAAAAAGGAAAUCCCACCACCCAAGACUGAGAGGGUCUCAGGAGAAGGGCUUAAAGAGGUGUAUGAGGGGCCUCUGGACCUAUCGGAUCGAGGAAAAUCCAAAUCCAGCCAAACGCCAAGAAAUGAUUCACCCCUAGCAUUACAACAUGGAGAGAAUGCACAGAGGAGCACUGACAAGGAUGAGAAGACAAAUCUAUCGGCAUACGGACCAGUAUCAUCACCCUCUCCUGUUGCCCCUCCGUCUUCUACCCCACCGGUCAAACAAGAGGAAGAGUCUACCAGUGACCUUAACCACAAGCAGGUAAUGAAUGAGCAGGAGCAGGAAGAGAAGGUGAAUGAAAAGACGGACCAAAGCAAUGGGAAGAAAGUGCCUGUCCUCACCAUAUCAUUACGUCCAGCAGUAGUGGUGCUGGAGACUCUGAAUCCGGCUAUGCAAGAAUCUUUAUCAUCAAAUGCCAAAUCGACAUCACCAGCAGUUGAGCAAGGAGGCAGCUCAGAUGACCAGGACGAUGAGGACAGUGCGUCAGGACAAGAAAGCAACCAGGGCCACAAGAGGAAGCGGGCAUCAGUGGAGACGGAAACUGACAGAGACUCAGAAACAGACAAUGUCCAGCAGGAGAGGAAGCUCAAGAUCACAGUGAGAGCUGAGGAGAAGAGCCCUUGCUAAAGAGCAUGACAUCACAUUGACUUGGUGAUCUCACUCAAACAUGCAUCAACUGAUAGUUAUGGCCACCUGGGAGCAGUACAUCAACCUGUAAAUACAACACUUAGCCUACAUGUACCUUAUGAAGUUGAUAAUGAAUUGGCAAACACUGGAGUAUUUAAACCAGCAGACAUGGAGCAACUUUCAUUAAUUUGCAUUCAUUUGGAAUUGUUUGUUUCUGGUCACCUGAUGAAUGGAAGUCCAAUAUUCACUCUCCUUUUAGCUCUUUCUCUUUGCUCUGCACCUUCUCCUCAGGGAAAUAUUUGGCUCUGUUGGUGCUGGGCAGGUAGAGUGGGUUUUUAAGACCCUUUCGGCUGGAACAGCUUCCUGCUGUGGCUGAAAAUCAAACUGAUAAGAGUCAUCAAUUACAGGCCAUACAAUCUAAAUGAUGUUUUUUUUAUUUGUUUGUUUGUUUGUUUGUUUGUUUCCGGAAACUACUUGGGAAGUCAACAUUCAACCUGUAAAUUAUUUCCCAUAAUAAUUUCCACA